AUGUUGCAAUCCGAGGAUCAAUAUGUGCCAAACGAGGAAGAGUACGAGCAGAAGGAUCAGACGACCAACACUCGUUUUCGUAAGUUUGUGAAAGAGCAAUGGGAGAAGAUAGAAAAGAAGAAUUUCAGCUAAUUCGAGACAAGAGUAUUGUCAACUCUGCAAUAAUUGGGUAAUAACAGUGCAGACGAUUUGAUUGAGAAAUAAGCAGUCGUGGAGGCUGUGUAGAAGGAGAAGGAUAACAGCAAGUAAAAGGGUGGUAAGCAGAAGAAACCAGAGUAAGCACCAUAAUAAUAGGAGGUUUAGAAAUCGAAUGUCAUCUACGAAAUUUGUGUGGGUCAAGACUUGUACUUGAAGUAUCUGAGACCCAAAUUGGUAGAGUAUGGCAUUCUGAAUAAAAUUGAUGAUGGCAAUCCCAAAUAGGAGGAUAAGAAGCAGGCAUAGGGCAAGAAGGGUGGUAAGAAUGUGGUCAAGAAGGAAGAUUUGAUGCGUAUUGAGUUGUCGAAGGAGAAGGUUAAUGAUCAAACAGUGAAGAUGUUAUAAUAGAUGGGAUUGAUCAUUUUAAAUCAGGAUUUAAAACCUAAAGAAAAUGAAUUUCUCAAAACUGAAUAAGCAAGUAAACGUAUCAAAUCCUUGAAAUGGAUGGAACUCAAGUUCUCAGCCUUGAUGAUCUAUGCCACCUAAUUAAUCAAAUGUCACAUCCAUUCCAAAUUCAGGGAUGAGUAUGCCUUUGAAUUGAUCUACUUCCUCAAGAAUGUCUAUCUCAACUACAAAGAAUAUGAAGGCUAAUCCUAUUUGGAUGAGACUAAGAAAGAGAGAUUGGCACCUCAAGCAGUCGAAGAUCUCAGAUAUAAGCUCAAAGAAUUGUACAAGAACUUUGGUUUCUCAAACAGAGUCUUGUUUAAUAAAUAUCCAAAAUUAGUCAUCGAUACAGAUUUAAAUCAAGCAUUUAUUAGAACUGAUGUUCGUCCAUACAAGUCAUAGGAAAACCUCUUGGAACUCUUGAAGAGAGCAGAAAAACCUUCCUUGAUCUUCUUUAGUACCAUGGUUGGUACAGGUAAGACAGUGUUGAGUGUUGCCAUCGCUUAAUACUUGGCUCGCUUGAGAGAGAGUUAUGCUAUUCAAGAGAACAAUGCCUAUAAUUAAUUAAAGAAUCUUGGUUAUAGGAAUCCCAGAGAAGUCUAGUUUUUGUAUUGUUGUCCCUUGGAUACGGUGAGAACCUAAGUUGGUGCUGCUGCAUAUGAGAGGAAACUGAAAUUCGCCAUUGCAUCCAUGUGGAAGGACUCCCAGAGUUCUAAACUGGAUUCUGAUUUGGGAUAUGCUGAAUGUCCAAGAUUGGUCAAUUCUUGGUAAAAUAGACAGGAGGAAUUCCCAACCUUGGUUGUGGCUGACUUCAAGACUACAUUGGAAUUAUUGAGAGAGAAACACACCUUGUCAGAAAAGGAGAAGUAAGUAGUUAGAUGGUAGGGCAAGGAUCGUAAAUUGGUAUCACAUAAUCCAGCUAAACAUGGAAAGGAUUACAUAUUGUUUAUCGAUGAACCUACAGUUGAUGCUGAUUUUGCAGAUGCAGAAGUGACCAAGAUAUUGAUUGACAUUAUUCGUCGAGCUCCACCCAUUACAAUAUUAUCUAGUGCCACAUUGCCACCUCCUGAGAAAAUACCGAGUUUCAUUAAGCUUUACAGGAAGGCUUAGAUCUCAGAGAUUGACAUUCCUGUGGUUCAUGAUUCCUCAAUUCCACAUUGGUUGUGUAGGUCUUUUCUCAUAGUGGUCACAAGUUCUUGCCACAUUAUUAGGCAUAGAACAAAUAGCAAUUGGCUGAAAUUUUGGAUAGAUUGGAGAAGAAUCCAUUUAUGA